UCACUCGGAUUACCCUGUUUAACAUUUCAAGCGUGUGACUGGAUUGGGCGCUUUUUUGAUGACGACAAAUGUGGCUUCUCCAAAAGCUAACAUGCUUCUGUAAGGACUGCAAACCCUGACAACAUGGCUUUAAAUCAGCUGAACCUGCUGCGACCACUGCUGUGUCAGACCCUGGUACGACAGGUCCGAUCUCCCCUCCUCGCCCCUUCAAGGUUUAGCAGACUACCUCUGAACCCCGGCACCCCCUGCUACCCACCUGCAGCAUGCUCCCGACUCUAUGCCACCAAGAAGUCCAAAGCCAAGGCAAAGGGCCAGGCGGCUAAGGUGAAUAUUAAUUCCGCUCUGGUGGAAGACAUCAUCAGUCUUGAUGAAGUGAGGGAGGACAUGACGGCCGUUCUCAGUGCGCUCAAAGAUGACUUCACACGCAACCUCAGCAUCAGGACCUCGGCAGGAGCUCUGGAUCACAUUGUGGUGACAACUCAAGAUGGGAAGUUCCCUCUCAACCAGCUGGGUCAGAUCUCUAUGAAAUCACCUCAGGUCAUUAUGGUCAACAUGAGCAGCUUCCCAGAGGCCACAGUGGCUGCCACCCGCGCCCUCAGAGAGAGUAGCAUGAACCUUAACCCUGAGGUGGACGGGACCAUCAUCAAGGUACCAGUUCCCAAAGUUACACGUGAACACAGAGAAAACCUCACCAAGCUGGCAAAGCAGUUGAGCAACAAGGCUAAAGACUCGCUGAGGAAAGUGAGAACGAACGCUGUCACACAGGCAAAAAGAGCGAAGGAAGGACACUCAGAGGACACAAUACGACUCGUAGAAAAACAGAUUCAGCAGAUGUCGGACAACAUUGCAGCUGACAUCGACAAACAGGUCGCAGCCAAGACCAAAGAGCUGUUAGGCUGAUUGUGAGGAUGAAAAGAAAUGCACAGGUUUCAUUUUCAAUACGGUGUCAUAAGAUAGACAUAAAGUGAUAUACUGUGAAAACAAUAGACGGUGUUUUUUUUUUAAUCAGGUUCAGUUUGAAAGCUUCCCACAAAGCAGCAAGACUCUGUCCAGUUGUGAACAUUUUGGCUCUACUGGUUUCUGGUCACAUGACUGGUGAAGGUCUCCUUUUUCCUGCUGCUAGAUGUCUGUGUUUAACCAUCAGCACAUAAACAGAAAUGGGCUACGGAAACAACACUAACAACAACAAACUGACAGCCAGCUCUUCUCUUCAACUCAGCCCUACUCUUCCUGUCUUCAAACAAACAACCAAUGAGCAACAAAUGAACUUUUAAUGGGAUUUGCGGGCCUCCUCCUAAUCAAACCUCCUGCCACAAGGGCUGUCUGUUUACAUAAAACAAGCGCACCCGUCUGUGUGUAAACUGGCUGCGGGUUUGUCUCGGUGGCAAGAGCGCAAAAGAGAGCGUGUUCCAGAGUUGUAGGAUGUGAUUAGCGUGUUGCCAAACAUUUGUUUCACAUUGGUGCAAAAUCUGUUCAAAUAAUGCACUUAAGAGGAAAAAAAAGACCUUUAACUUCUGAUGUCUGUGAGCAGCAUUAUUGAUGGACUCCAUUGAAGAAGAAAUGCUUUGUA